AUGGUCCAGAGUCAGAUACUGGCGCUAUCAUAUAAUACACCAUUCCGGCUCUUAUCAUCCGUGAUCAGGGCUACCAGCCACCACUUCCCCGCUGUCCCUCCCGUUGUCGCGUUCACUGGCCCUGUUGUCGGUUCCGGCCGCAUAUUGCUACGAAAGGAGUCUAUUCCAGGACUCGACGGCGUCCAGUUGAAGUGCUGUGGCUUCGUCCAACUUUCUACGUUCAUUGCUCCUGGAAAGCCCGACAAGACUCCCUUCAAAGGCUUCCAUCCAUUCCAGGUCUUUGUCAUCUUCCCCAUCCACGCCAAUCCUUGGGCAGCCCUGUUUGUCGGCCUGCUCGACCACAAUAUCAUGGUGUACCCGCCCGGCUUUGACCGCGACUACGUUUUCAUCGUCGUGCUAGAUACCUGGACCUUUCUCGAUAGGGCCACGUCCAAGUCGGCUUCCGCAGCCCUAUCACUCUCUACCCCACCGAAGCAACCGUCCUCUGGCCCUAUGGCCUUUGGGGAUGCGAAAGCUAUGUUUGCCUCGCCACCAAAACCAACAGUUCACCGAUCUCCUCCUAUCCCGUCUACUCCUCCCACGUCUGCUUCGCUCGAACCGACUAUACCACCGGCCAAGCGAACAAACUCUAACUGCGGCCAGACCCCUACGAAGAAACGACGUCUGUCCCCGGCCUCUUCUAGCACCAUUCUAUCUUCUCAGAGCAAGGAGCCUGUUGGAUCCCCCGCGAUUUCGGUUUUCUCACAAGAUGAACUUGAUAUAUCGGAGGCAGAUAUUGCCACUACCUGUCGUCCAGAUGCGCCUGCGUCCGAUUCAAUCACAGCGUUCUUGCCUGAUCCGCCCCGACCACAUCGCAACCGUUAUCCCCCAAAGAAAUAUCAGGAACUUGUCUAA